UUUCUUUAUCACAAAAAGGUUGAGUUUGUGGUAGAGAUUUCUUGUCUUUGAAAUAAUUCGUUAAUACUCAUGGGCGAACAAGGAGAAAGUAUGAGUAAAGCCGGGAACGAUAAUAAUCAACAACCGAAUCAAGAUGAAUUGAUACUGGCACAACAACGUCAAAUCGAGAAAGAGAUUUCAGAUACUAUUCCAUUAGUAGGUGAUUUGGAACCAAUAAUGUCCCUCAAUAACGAAUACUCUUCCGAUAAUAUAUAUUUAGAAAAAGUCAGUAAUCUUGCUACCAGAUACAAAUUUAUUCGUAGAACAAGACCUGACGGUAAUUGCUUCUUCAGGGCAUUUAGUUACGCUAAUAUAGAGAGACUCCUUAGAAAUAAAGACGAAUUCAAUGAAUUUUACACGCAUGCUGAAAAUAGUAAAGAGGAUUUAGUAUCACUCGGAUUUCAGCAGUUUACAGUUGAAGAUUUUUAUGAUACUUAUAUGGAGGUACUGAAGAGACUUAAAGCUAUCGACAAUAUCGAUGACGCACUUAAGGACUUGCAUAAUGUGUUUAAUGAACAAGGUUUUUCAGAUUACAUGGUAGUUUAUCUUAGAUUGUUAACUAGUGGUCAGUUACAAAGGGAUCAAGAUUUUUAUAGUUGUUUUAUCGAAGGAGGCAGAACUGUAGCCGAUUUUUGUCAUCAAGAAGUUGAACCGAUGUACAAAGAGAGCGAUCAUAUUCACAUAAUUGCAGCUUGUGCUGCUUUGCGUACCGGUGUCCGUGUGGUUUAUAUGGAUAGAGGUACCGGAAAGAUAUGUACUGAACAUGAUCUACCUGAAGGAUGUACCCCGACUGUUCAUCUCUUAUACCGUCCCGGUCAUUAUGAUAUUUUGUACCAAUGAUUUUCUUUAAAUAAAAAAUGAUCAUUAAAACACCA